UUUGAGUUCACAGUGACUGAUAGCUGAAGCCACACUAAGCUGUGGUUUCUCUUUCUUCAGAUAGCAGUGAGAACCCCGUGUUAGAUUGUGCAAUUUACUCAGAACCAUGUGGUUCAGCAUAUUGCAGCAGGUUUGUCUUCAAUGUCUCCUGAUAAUCUCACUAAUACAAGGAAAUGGAAAUUGUGCCUGUCCAGUGAGAGUAAUCUAUCCCCGAUCUACGUUGCACCUCACCGUGGGAGAUAGUCUAACACUAAAUUGUACAGUUAAAUUCUGUACUGGUGAAGAACAAAAGCCUGUAGUAAACUGGUGCAUAAUUGAGGCACACCAUUGUCACCCGGUGUCUACAAAUGGGCUUAGUUUCAACCAUGACCAGCAAGGAAACUUACUUGUCAGUUACAAGAUCGCCGCCCUCAACUACAGCGACAGUGGCACAUUCCGAUGUGAAGCUUCUCAAGGAAAUGUGAUGGCAAGGGGUCAUUCCAUUGUUGUAAAUGUGACUGAAGCUUCUGAUGCUCCCUUAAUACCAGUUGAACACACUGAAACCACAAAUAAAUGGUACUUUUUGAGCAUUCUGCCUCUGUCGGUGGUGAUAGUCUGUAUCAUGCUAUACUGUCGAGAAAAACGGAAGUUGGCGCUGAGAAGACAAAGAGCCCAAGUAAAGAGUGUUACCCUGGCUUCCUCGUCACCCAACAUCACAGCAGUUACCCCUCAGCUUACUUCUUCGACUGGCACAACUGAGCGACACGUAGUGGAGGCAUAUGUAAAUAUGAAACACAUGGAGCCCUUUUAUAUAAAUGAGACAUUUUCCAUAAAUGUACAGUCUGAAGAAUGUAUCUAUGAAAAUGAUCCUCCUAACCAAUAAGGCAUGAAGACUUCAAGUUUCACUUCAGAGAGUUGAACAAGUAGUCAAGGUUUGCAAACCCAGCACAGUAUUGGGAGAGUGCUACACAUCUGGAGGCACCAACCUUUGGAAAUGACAUUGAAUCAAGAUCUUAUCUGCCCUUUCUGUUGGCCACAAAGCAGCCAGUGGCAUUAUUUUGGAAAGCAAGGAAAAGCUUGUUGCAUAAACAUUUGGCACCUUAUCGCCCCUCACAGUCACUGGGUCAAACUUCUGGAAGUACCCCCUAAGGGCAUUGUAGGUCUUGCUUCAGCAUAUGGACUGCAGCAGCAGCUCACCACCAUCCUCUCAAAGGCAGCCAGUGGGGGGAAUUAAAUGCUGGCCAGCCUGAUAGGCUCAUAUCCCAUGGGUAAAUU